AUGACUGACUACAAGGUUGCUGAUAUUGGGGAAGCCGAAUUCGGUCGCAAGGAGAUCGAUCUGGCUGAAGUAGAGAUGCCUGGCUUAAUGGCGAGCCGCAAGGAGUUUGGCCCGAGGAAGCCGUUGGCUGGUGCUAACAUCACUGGUUCUCUUCAUAUGACCGUCCAAACGGCCGUUCUGAUUGAGACUUUAAAGGAGCUUGGUGCCAAUAUCCGUUGGUGUAGCUGCAACAUUUAUUCGACACAAGAUCAUGCCGCGGCUGCUAUUGCCAAGGCUGGCUCUGCCAAUGUGUAUGCUUGGAAGGGGGAGACUCUUGAAGAGUAUUGGUGGUGUACUGAACAGGCUCUGACGUGGCCGAAUGCUGAUGGUCCCGAUCUCAUUGUGGAUGAUGGUGGUGAUGCUACUCUGUUAAUCCACGAGGGUGUGAAGGCUGAGAAGGCGUACAGGGAAAGCAAGAUUAUCCCUAAUCCCGAUGCGGAGAGUAAUGCCGAGUUCAAGUGUGUUCUGACAAUUCUUAAGGAGAGCCUCGAGCGUGGUGAAGUCGAUAAGUGGACCAAAAUGGCAGCGAAGCUCGUUGGUGUCAGCGAAGAGACGACUACUGGUGUUCAUCGACUUAACUCGAUGGCCGCGGCUGGUACUUUACUCUUCCCAGCUAUCAAUGUUAACGAUUGCGUGACGAAGAGCAAGUUCGAUAAUGUGUAUGGGUGCAGACAUUCUCUUCCGGAUGGUAUUAUGCGAGCUACUGAUGUCAUGAUUGGUGGUAAGACUGUUUUCGUUGCUGGCUAUGGUGAUGUGGGUAAGGGAUGUGCUGUUGCUAUGAAAGGCUGUGGUGCCAAGGUUUUGGUUGGCGAGAUCGAUCCUAUCUGUGCCUUACAGGCUUGUAUGGAGGGGCUCACUGUCACUACUAUUGAGGAUGCAAUAUCCAAGUACAAUGCCGACAUUUUCAUCACGGCUACUGGUAACAAGGACAUUGUCACGCUCGAGCACAUGGAAGCUAUGAAGAACAACGCCAUCGUUGGGAACAUCGGGCAUUUUGACAAUGAGAUACAGAUGGAGAGGUUGGAGAACUGUCCUGGUGUCAAGUGCAUGAACAUUAAGCCUCAAGUUGACCGCUUCGAAUUCCCUGAUGGCCACGGCAUCAUCAUGCUUGCUAGCGGUCGUCUGCUGAACCUCGGAUGUGCCACAGGUCAUCCUAGCUUCGUUAUGAGUUGCUCAUUCACCAAUCAGACACUGGCUCAGUUAGAGCUAUGGGAAAACCGAAACACGAAGUAUGCGAAAGGGAAGAAACCCGGUGUCACCCUAUUGCCCAAGGUUCUGGAUGAGAAAGUUGCCAGGUUGCACCUCCCAGCUCUCAAUGCCAAGCUGACUCAACUAACUCCAGAGCAAGCAAGCUACAUCUCCGUUAACGUGGAAGGUCCUUUCAAAGAAGCUCACUACCGUUAUUAGCCGGGAUGGAUGGAUUUUUUACAACCCAAGUUGGUCAGAGGUGGGUGAUCAACUCAUGGCAAUGCGGACAACGUUGCCGGGAUUUUGAUUAUUAUCUUUC